CCUCCCUCCUCCGAGCCUCGGCACCCUCGGCCCUCAGAGCUCCAGGGCAGGGACAGGGACGGAGCCCGAGGUCUCUCCACAUUCCCGUGUGUCCUCGACUGUCACCGGUCCUGUUCGCCCCCAGAGUGUCCCCAAGGCGCCUCCGCCGUGUCCCCAGCGGCCAUGGAGCCCCGCGAGGUGCUGGAGGCGCUGGUGGCCUUGGUGGCCACCCUGGGUGAGCUGGUGGCCACCGUGGCUGGGCCAGACGAGGAUGUGCUGCGGGUCGUGUCCCCAAGGUCCCUGCGUGCAGCCCUGAGGAAAUUCACCUGGCACCUCCAUUGCACCCUGAACCUCCGUGGUGUCACCUCCCUGGGCCAGCGCGAUGUCACCUCCCUGGGCCAAGCCGUGGCCGCCCUCGGGGCCAACCCGGGGGCCUCCUCGGCCCGUGCCCGUGUGACAGCAGCGGCCAGCGCCUGGCGGGAGUUGGUGGCUGCGCUCAUGGAGAGCUGGGACCGGCUGGCCGAGGACGCCACCAAGCUCCACGAAGACUGGGGGAACGCGACCACCAGGAGUGGACGGCUGCCGACCAAUACCUGGAUGCUGCUGGAGCGCUUGGUGGCCGCGUGUGACAAAGCCACCGUGUUCCCCUGGGAGCUGCUGCGCCGGCUCGGGGACAUCGAGUUAGCCCUGGAGGGCACAGGGGAGGUGACCCCAAAUGUCCCUCUGAGGCCCUGGUGGCCGUGGUGGCGGAGGCCGAGCGGCUGUGGGAGGCCAGCUCCCGCCUGACCACACAUCACCUGCUGGGGACCCUUGGGGACAUCCACAGGCUCCUCGUGAGCCACCCUGGUGGCUCUGGUGGCCGCGCAGUGGCCGAACGGUGCCACAAAGCCAUCGAGGACAUCCCGAAGCUGCUGGGGGGACAGUGAUGUCACUGCUGUGACAUCAUUGGGGCAGUGACAUCAUUGGGAACAUCGCUGGUGUCACUUGUGCCCUCACCAUGCAGGAUUUGAGACAAAUUUGUGAAUUUUCUGGGAAUUUUUAUUGAACCUGUCCCAAAUGCUGAUGAGAACUCCUGGGCUAACAUCACUUGGGACACUAAAGGCCACACAGAGAUGCUCAGGGACACUCAGGGACAUGCAGGGAUGCAGGGGCAGAGGGUGAAUGAGGCCCCUCAGUGCCUUGCAGGAGAGGCAGCAGACCCAGGUUAGCAAUAACAAGAUAAAUGACAAUACAAUAUUGGCUUUCGCAUUCAUGUACCAGCUUUUGCACGUUGUUAUUGAUCACAACAAUUUUGAUACGGUGCAAUUUAUAAUUCCUUUCAGCUGCUUUUUGAUGUAAUAUAGUCUAUCAGUUUAUGUGUGCACCAUAUAGCCGACAGAAAUGGCAGCAUAACAAAUCGAUUUUAUAUCAUAGGCCUCACCGAAAUAUUAAAAUAGAGACUGCACAAUGCUAAAAUGCUUUUAUAUUAUAACUAUUAUAACUAACUUUUUAAUGUUAUAACUAACUCAGAGAAUGGUGUUGUCUUGGUUUGAAAGACAGGUUUCUGCCGGGGAAAGCCAGAGCCUCUCUUGGAAUGGAGAAUUCAAAUGCCCUCCCUCUGAAUUAUUAUAAUUUUGAAAUUAAGGGGUUCUCAGGCAGAGAUAUGGGGAUAGGAAUAACAGUUCUCUACCGGUAUGUAUAACCAGGCAAACAAACAACAACAGCCACAGCAAUAACAACGAACCCUCGAGGGGCUUUGCUUCACAAACCCCAGGGCAGUCUGAUCCCAGUGCCCCUGCAGGGCCCUGAGGAUCACCAAGCCGGAACAGCAGGAAUGAGCAGAGAUCCUGGGCUGAUGGAUGAGAUAUAUCAGAAGCUCCACGGUGGUAGCUGGAAUUGCAGGACGUCCUUGGCAGGGCAGGAGGUGCGGGGCUACAGCGUGGAAAGACCCAGGGUAGCGCUGGAGAAAACGCUGAGAGCGGGACAGCAGUGGCCCCGCUCCAGCAGGGCAGGAGGAGGCGAGUUCAGAAUUCCUGAGCACAUAAGCACGUGGUGGUAGAUCUCCCCGUGUAACGGGUUAAUGCUUUGUUCAUUGAACUUGCCAACACAGGAUGACUCAUGACUUUUAAGAGAACCUUUAAACUUGCAAACACAGGAUGACUCAUGACUUUUAAAACUUGCAAACACAGGAUGACUCAAGACUUUAGACACAUGUGCUAUUGCUUAACAAGGCUUUUGAGUUCCAGGAGAAGGAACUGUAACUGUUUUCAGAAGAUAGAAGACGGUCUCCUAGCAACAAGAUAAACCGACCGAUAA